GCUUCCAAUUAAACGUCACAAACUCGCUCUCUGACCUUUUAAUACUCUUUCUGUGACACGUUUCACAUAAAAUCAAAGUUAUUCUGCUGUGAAAUAUAAUUUUUGACAGUGACACUUUACCAGAAUCUGACUUUAUUUUAUAUUUUUGAUGCAAAAUGCCUUUCAUUGAGCACGUUUCUGACGCAGAUCUGGAGCGCUUGGCUCUGGAGCGGGUCGUCCCGGCGCUGCAGGACUUUGGUUUCUGUUAUUUGGACGGGGUCCUGGGGGAAGUGGCCGGGGGGGCGGUGCUCCAGCAGGUGAUCGAUAUGCACCGGGCCGGGGUGCUGCAGGACGGCCUGCUGGUAGGCUCUGUUCCCGGGGUGCACCGGAGCAGUAUCCGCGGGGAUAAGAUCGCCUGGGUGAGCGGGGUGGAGCGCGGCUGCGAGGCGAUCAACUUCCUGCUCAACAUGAUCGAUAAGAUGAUCUCUGUGUGCGCGAGCCGGCUGGAGAGCAAGAAGAUCCGCGAGAGGUCCAAGUCCAGCGACCUGUUCUGGGCCCUGAGCCAAGGCUUUAGAAACCAGCACACGCUUCAGGAAGGACAGGAA